CCAAAACGACUGUUGUAUGAAGCAACAUGCAAUUGUCCUAACAGAGCAGGGGGAAAAGCGCAGGUGCUGGAAAUGGAGAAGGGCGCAGCGCUAGCACCACUGGAGCUUCUAAAGCUGGAGCUGCAGACACACCGGCGGAAUCUCGCAGUGCUAUCAGGUAGAGACACGAGCCCAGGCCCUACCAUCCGCUGCGGCCAGGCAGCGUCAGGCAGUGGUCCUGAAGGGCCAGCGUCCGCCCGCGCGGGCAGGACUGGAUAUCAGGCAGACCAGCCUGGACAGGCAACAGCAAAGGAGGUUGCAGCUGUGCUGGGAGAUGUUGCGGUAGCAGCAUACCUUACUGUGGCCAGCACCGCUUGCAGGGAGCAGUGCGGCGAUGUGGGGGCGGACAUCCAACCCCACGACCAGGGCAUCGGCCCCGUGCUGAUGCAGCGACCCGAGUCGGCCGCUGUGACGAGCAGGGACCGUCAUGCGUCUGUGGCCUCUGGUGGUAACUGUCGCAGUGUUCUGGUGCCGCAAGGGAAGACCACGGCGGGAGCAAAGUCCCAGCAAGCGCCUGCAGUAAGCGCGGCAGUUGGAGGGCCGGGCCCAGCUAAGCCGUACAUCACUGCGACACGGCAGGCGCGCCUAUCCUUCGGCGCAUCCGUUGUGGCUGCAACAGCAGAUGGGGUGGCGCCCUCAAUUGUGAGCUCCGAUGGUCCCACACCUACAACUCCGGCCACGAACACCCAUGGAGUCGCAGCCAAGCCAGCACGGCAGCGGCCUGAGUGGGUUGGUAUCCGCAACAUCCCCAGAUCGUGCAGCAUCAGCAGCCGCGCCGGUGGGGCUGCCGGGACCUGUGACAGUUUGGGCCGGACACAAGCUCCGCCAGCAGCCGCGCGCAGCUCCACCGCGCCACGCAGCGGAAGUGGUUGCAGCGCGGGUGGUACAGCUCAAGUACCGCGUCAAGGUCACAAGGUGGCCCCAGCUGCCAGCAACCCCGUGCCGGCUGCCGCAAGGCCACGCGUACGCCAGACCACACCUGCCGCUGCCGACAGCACAUUGCAGCAGCAAGCCGUACACCCUCCUGAGUCUGGGCCCGCCGGAGCUGUGCCCUCGGUCGCCUGCAGCAGCACUGCCACGGCAGCAUCCUGCCCCAUGCCGCCGUCAGGGGCAGACUUCCCAGCGUUGGAGAGGACCAUCCUGCGGCGGCAGCGGCUGGCAUCGCUCCUGUCACGGACUCGGAUAGCACCAGCAGGCGAUGCAGCCAUCGACGCUGCGCCCGCAGCCAGCUCUGUGUCCAGCGCUGCAUGUACGGGCCCCAGCGCAAUCGCUUGCCGCGCUUGCGCCGCAGCGGCUGAUGUGGACGUGCAAGGACGCGGCUCCGGCUCUUCCGUAGCUAUGCCAGCGCUGCUACGAUCGAGACUUCCGGCGGGAAAAUCCUCCAGCGCAGAUGGUAGUGACUUCAUAGCUUUCGCGCGUGCGGCAGGAGGCACGGGCUCGGUGGCAGGCAGCGGCGACGGGCCUUGUUCGGCAGUCGGCGGUCUCCCUAGCACUCCAAAGAGUGCACGGCUAGUCGCGGCUGCUGCCGCCUCAGGUUUGAGUUCUGGGUCAGCCACUGAAGCAUUCGCUGCGCUGCGCGCCUGGCGGGCCAAGCGCGCCUGGGCGGCGACAGUCAUCUGCGACGCUGCGCGACGGUAUCUGGACCGAAGGGCCCGUUUCCACGCAUGGCUUGUGGCAACGGCAGCCACGAGACUGAGGAUGUCCAAGCUGUCCCGGAUCCUGGCCUGCUGGCGCGCCGCGGCGAGAGCGCGAGGGCUGCUACGGCGGCGAUACGCGGGAGGUUUGCACGGACAUCGUAACUGACCGGUCCUUAUAACAUGCGCAUUUUUGUUUCGCAGGCUUGCACUGCUGUCAGCAGAAGCCCGGCGGUUUGCUGCAGACGCGCUUCUCGUGGGCCUGGCGUCCGGAGGGCUGUCGUGGGAGCCUGGAACUGGAGCAUGGCUGGCAGUGGACUCAGGGCAAGUGCUGCUCAACCUGCGCGGGCUUAACCCAGAGCUGGCUGAGAUCCUUGCAUGGCUUUGCUAUAGCCCUGGAGCAGCAUCAGCGGCUGGAGGCGGCCGCUGUGAGACUGAGCGAGUUAUGGAGUAUGGGCUAGUUCGCGGGGACCGGGCGUGGGGCAGCGCAGUGGCGACAAGUCACAGGCAGUUCUGCCGUGAGGGCCUAGCCGAGGGUGGCGCAUACGGCAAGGCCAUGGCACACAGGAGGUGGUGGUUGCUUCGCGCGGCAUGGUAUGGGUUGGCCUUGGAGGUGGUGGCGCCGCUGCCGGAGUGAGGGCAUACGUCUGGUGGGCGGGGCGAGGUGGGGGUUGGGGGUGGGGGGAAGGCGUCACGCCCGGCAGAAAUGCAGGGGUUGGCGAAGAGAACAUGGCAUCUGCAAGCCGUGCGCUGAAUUGGUUUAAAUACAAGAAUACGCGAUCUUAGCAAAAGGGA